GUCUGUGGGAUGUAUUACUGUUAGUGUUUGUUCUGAUGUCUCUGAAAAGACUGGGGCAGAGGCCAAUCAGACUACCUAGCCCAUGGUUCAGCAAUCCAGUUCGUCGACGUUACAUUGUUGCAGCUCUUACAACAGUGCCUUAAACCUCCUCAGUUCAAACCCUCUUGUUAUAUCUUACACCAAAUCAGCAUCUCUUUGGUUUUAUUUAUUUAUUUAUUUAUUUUCUUUUCAUAUUAUAAAAAUCAAUAUUGAGUUUGUUUCCUGAACAUCCCCCAUUUCUAUUGAUGUCACUUAUGACAGUGCUUACUCUGUUCCUCGAGGUUUUGAUGACAACAUGGAAACUCUUCCACCUCUUUCAGAAUUUCUAGCAAUGACCUUCAACACACCGCCUCCAUUAGAUCCCGGUGUUGGGCCUCAGUCGGCCACUCCGGCUACUCAUCAUGCUUACGGUACGGACUUCUCAGAACCUCUUAACUCUCACAUUCCUGUCGAGCAUACUCCGACCGUCGCUUCAGCAGCUCUGCUCAACAGAAGCACAAAUACCAGCUCUCCGGUUACCCAACAGUGCUGGAUAUCUGGAACAACAAUGGCCAGCUCCCCUCACCAGUAUGAAGUUCAGACAACAAACAGGAAACCCCAUAUUGCCUGCUCUAUAUCUGGCCCUCUCCCUUCACAACAUGUUGAGCAAAAGAAACCCAGGAUCCAGUCAUUUAAAGGCUAUAGGUGGCGGCGUCCUUAUCGAGGGCGCCCUGGAUCGUGGUCAAACCGAGUCUGUCGGUAUUCAAAGUGUGGCAGAACCGAAACGAUCCAAGGGAGGUCUAAUUUGGAGGACGGAAAGGCCUAUACUAGGCGUGGUUCGGUGUAUAUCAAGAUACCGCAGGAGAAACACGCGUAACAGCAGCGGUUAUAUUUAUGGAUUCAUUCAACUCGAACUACUUAGUAACGCUUCCUAA